UGUUCCUGGGUGCUGGCAAAGUACUCCUUGCAAUCCUCUAUAAAUUCCUCCAACUAAGCCUCUUCAUGCAUCAGUACCUUGCUUGGCCCAGUGCUGUUCUCGAACUCCUUCCUGCCUCUUCAGCUCUCUAGAAUGAUGAAGACACUCCUGAUCUCCUGCCUCCUCUUGGCCCUGCUUCCUCCAGUGGCAUCUCUGAUAUGUGAGUCUUGUUUCAGUCAAGGAAAGUAUUGCAGAAAUGCCACCACUGAGGAGUGUGACGGUUCCAGUGACCAAUCCUGCUCGACUGUCAUUGGAGUAGGCAAACUGUCACUUUUGGGGUCAAAAUUGGUUCUUAAGUCCUGCAUCGAUAGAGAGUUGUGCGAGGAAAACUAUGCCAGUGUCUCCAUAAGCUCAGCACUGUACAUCCAAGGCAAGUCAACCUGCUGCAAUACAGAUAUGUGCAACAGCGGACCUCCUGAAAUGCCUGACACUGAGACAAGGGAGCCCAAUGGGCUGAAGUGCCCGAGUUGCAUCAACAUCUUUUCAGACGAGUGUGAGAGCAAUAAGACGGUCAGCUGCAGAAAUGAUGAGGAUCAAUGCUUCUACCUUGCGGCUAGCAUGGAGUUCGGGGGAAGCAGCAUCCUGGGCGCUGUCCGAGGCUGUGCAACAGCUAGUUUGUGUGACUAUAUUGAUGGGUUGGAAGAGACUGAUGUUGGAUCAUUGGGAUUUGAGAUCAUUCAAGCAGAGUGUACUGGAGCAAGGGGCGAAGAUGCCACAGAAGACACCACCGUUUCGCCUAGGGGUUGA